CAUUUGCACUCCUUCAAAACAACGCAAUCUUUUGAAACUUUGGCAAAGCGUAAGGUCUACAAAACUUAGUUCACUCUGUUCGUAACAGAUUUUAGUUUUGGGAACAGAAAAUUGUAUUGAGAUAAAAUGUAAUCCAUCUCGUUACAUCUUCUCCGACUGCAGAGUGGACUAAGUUUUGUAGUGAGUGGAAAAGCCAAGGGAAUGCAUUUUUGUCUCAUUGUUCUAUCUGUGAAAUUAAAUGACACGUGUCGAUCAAGAAUAGGCCUAUAAGCGUUCUGAGCUUUGAUCAAUGCUGGGAAUAAUAUUUAGAUGUUGAUCCGUAAUGUAUUUAUUGAUUGUGUAUAAAAUAUAUAAACAGGCUAUAUAUAGUUUUUAUUUUAUUUUUACAAAUGAGGAAAAAUGACCGAGGUCCGGAUCUCGUACUCAUAUGUAGUUACAGCUCUGUGUGUGCAGGUUAUGCUUUUAAUAUGACUGAAGGCUCUACUACCGACUGAAGCGAUGCGCUCGCCUUCAACCACCAAUUUCACGGCGCUGUUUGUUUGCGCAUGGCCAGUCGCUCUCGAGGUCUUUCCGUCUCACUCGCAACCGGCAUCUUUGUACAAAAAAAAUCUUAUCACUGGUGCAUCAACACCUGGGGUGUUCAGCAAAAUAAUUAAGGGUGGCAUAAUUUAACGACAUGAGCAGAUCCACUGAAUGUCCAUGGAGUCUGUGAAAUCCGUAGAGCUCCAUGAAUUGGGGGAUGGGGACAAGCGCGCUGCCUGCGAGGCCGCUACAACUCCGGGACAAGGUCCUCGGACAGCGCCCAAAGCUGGAAUCGAGAACACGUCAUAUCAGGAAGAAGAGCACGAGAUGAGGUUCAGUGACCCAGCCAGCUCGAGUGUUCAUCGGUCCAUGUCUAAUGAUAGGGGUUACCAGACACAACCCCAGCCUUUCCAGCGAAAUGAGCUGUCACCCCGGUCUGAGGAGGGCCAUGUGACUGACUUCAAUGACCAUUCUGUCGACUAUGGGUUCAUAUCUGCCCUGGUGUUCUUGGUGGGUGGAAUAGUACUGGUAAUCAUUGCCUAUACCAUCCCCAGAGAGGCUAAGGUCAACCCAGACCUGGUGUCAGCUCGUCAGAUGGAGAAACUGGAGAUGUACUACGCACAACUGGGCUCGCACCUCGACAAGUGUAUCAUAGCAGGCCUGGGACUGUUGACUCUCGGGGGAAUGCUCUUGUCCAUCUUGCUAAUGGUGUCCAUAUGCAAAGGUGAGCUGUACCGCCAGAGGACUUUUGUCCAACCCAGGAAGACGUACGGGUCGAUUCACCUGCGGAUGAGACAGUUGGGCGAGGGGGCAGAAUCUAUUGUUGAAUGUGAACCUAGUCACACUGGCACCACAGCUCCAGCCAUAAGUACAGAUGGAACACAGAUGUCCAGUGGGACCCAACAGGAGUAGCACAAUCUGAGCACAUUUCUAUCCACAGACUAUGUGAAGGGUUGUAAUCAUUGCUUGAGGGGCUUUGUGAAAAGUGAAGCAAGCAAGGUAAGCUGAAUGUGGUUAAGACUAAGAGCACAUCUGGAACUACACAUCAUGUAUUGUUGGAUGUAGGAUCAAAUCAGAGACUGAGAUGGAACUGAAAAGCACAAUGGGCCCCUUUGAGGAACUCAUUGUAUGGGCUAACUUGACAUGCUGUAAACAGAUGGCUAUCAGCAUCUUUUCAAGACUUGAAUAUAUGUCUGGAUACUAUAUUUAUCACAUUGUUAAUGAACAAAACAUGUACAAUAUGUAUAGGCCUACAAAUGCUGUUGUUGUUAUUGUUAUCAUGUAAGGAUACAAUGCCUUAAAAAGUUAGUCACUGUAAAUUGUGUACACAUAUGCUAACAUUCUAAGCUCAUGUGAGCCAAUAAGCCAAGUUAAAUAUGUAGCAACUCACUGGAGCCACUUAACCUGUUGGUUGUUAUUAUAACGGGGUCUUGGCAAGAAUAUACAGCAGCACAAACAAUAACAUCGAAGCAAGUGAAAUGUUAGAUAUGCAUCAGAGGCUUUGGGCCAGGUUUUUGAUGAAUUUAAGAAAACAACAGAUUAUUUUAUUUCAUAAUGAUGUAGAAAUAUAUAUACCAAAUGUGGAGAACCGGCAACAACUUUUCCUCCAAAACAUGUUAAGGAGAAUGUCCACACACACAUACCAUCAUGCAAGGUCUUGACCAAAGAAAUGGGGUCAUAAUUAUAUACUAUAAUUGUCCCAGUUGUUUGCUACAAAUUUAGCCUUUAUCUUUAAAAAUACAUUAGAGCCAUUUGGUAACAUAUAUCAUAUAUCAUAGAAGUCCUUAUGAAACUUUGCAAUGGAAUAAUGGAGCUGGAAGAAUAAAACUCUCUCUUUCUCUCUCCCCCCUCUCUCUUUUCAAAUCAGCAUGUUAAACAGCAGCAGCACAAUAUUUAUUUAUUAUAAAUAUCAAACAUUCAUGAUAAUGAAAUAUAUCGCCUCCAGAUAACAGUUAUUAUCCAAAUGAUAUAUUACUACAGACCAUAUUAUUUAAUGCAAACCAAAGGCCUUUUCAAAUGAUUUAAUGGAGAAAGCUAAUCACUUAUAAAGAAAGUGGUAAGAACAAAGUACUAGUAUACAGAUGAUGAUUUUCUUACCAUCUGGUGAUGCAUUACAUAUAGAGCAACUGAAUGAGACAAUUUAUAAAGCUCAGAAAGCAUAUUAAUGAUUUAAAGCUAAGGCUCCUUUAACAUCAACUGAGGCUAAGGAUUUGGCAAUUUGUCUUCUCUUACAAUUCAACUGCGAAGUUGAUAUCCAUUCAGUGUAUGUAAUAAAUGUAAUAGCCCAACAUAAAAACACAUCUAAAUCAGAGUGUAUUAGUCACAUGCACAGGGUUAGAUGUGUUUGCAGGGUACAUUGAUAUUCGUAUGCUCAGAGCUCCAACAAUGCAGGUCAAAGAGAAGUGAGUGAAACAAUAAUAACAAAUAUAAAUAAUACUAAGUAAAAUAAUAUAUAAUAAUCAAAUAAUUCAAAUGCUGUGUUGUAUACUCAUUGUUGGUCUAUAUUGGCAAGUGCACUUUUGGAACGGAGGAGCACAUUUUCCUGGAAGAAAUUACAAAUAUCUGGCUUACUGCUAUUAGCCAUAAAUACUGUAAGUUAUGUAAAGGUGGCCAUUGUUUUAAUUUUGAAUCAUGGAGUUAAUAUUAUAUUCACAACAAAUAUAGACAAUAUAUCAGAGAAUUAAGUUUACAGAUAUUUAACAACUAUUUAUAUACAGUAUAUAUACAGAACCAUUGUUGGAUCAAUGUAUCGUAGAAAAUAUUUGACCUCCACAAUUGCUGCUGUUCACGUCAUAGGCCUACUCAUAAGUAUUGUACAUUGAUGAAACUUGCAGAGUAAUCUAGCCGUAGAUAUCAGUUCAAGGUUUUAGGCGGCUUUUUCUUAUAAUGGUGUUUUCAACAAUCAAUAAAGUGUCUGUCUAUAGGUUAUGACCAAGAGUAAUGUUGCAUUGGUUGUUAUUCAAACUGUUAAAUAGAGAGGAUCCGUUGAAUGUCCAUAUUAAUCUGAUUGUGUUUGAUGAAUGUUAGGUAAUGUUGUAUUACUACAGAGAUGUUGGACUCAUAAAGGCCCUGCUAGUCUAAGUUUUCAGUUAUUACACGUGAAUACAUACAUUUCACAUAUGCACAACUGGAAUACACUUCAAUACCUUCUCACUUAGUUUGGGUACCAGUCUGUUUUUGCCGUCAUGCCACUCUUUGCCGCUCUUUGUCAUGCCAAAGACGACAAUGAGUUGACAUGAUAGCACCAACAUGAUCUGGGACUAGGCUACUUCUCACUCAAAAAGGUGAACAACUGUGGCAUCACAAUAAUGCUCACAGUAUUCAUAUUAUGGUUGAUGCAAUACUGAUGUAUGUUGACAUUUGACGAUUGAAUGACGGUUAGCAUGAUAUCUUCACAUUUUACACACAAAAACCACACAAGAACUUAUGUUGUCACAAUUACAGUUGAAGUUGGAAGUUUACAUACACCUUCGCCAAAUACAUUUAAACUCAGUUUUUCACAAUUCCUGACAUUUAAUCCUAGUCAAAAUUCCCUGUCUUAGGUCAGUUAG